UGAGUGCAGGCAGUAUCUCCAGUGAUAUCGCACUCUAGUGUUCAGGCAACUCCCGUGUUCAGGAACGGCAGGUGUUGGGGGGAAUAUUACUCUGAUGUGCAGCGUAGUGGUGAAAUUGUAUUUUCCCCAUUAGGCGAAUGAUACCUGCUUAAAGUGACCGUUCCAGCAUCAAGUGCUAUCAGCACGCUACAGCUACGAAAAGGAAUCGCCUGGGUAACUGAAGUGUUUGAUGAUGAUGACUUUGACCAACCAACUAUUUCCUUUGCCCUGAAGGAAAAAAUAUUUUUUUGCUCUUUGAAGCCGUGGGUCUUUAACCUCAGUUUAACGAGUAGGAGAAUUCUUUUUCCCAGUUUCCUGACAAACCUUACCUACCCUACAGGAGAAUUACAGUGAUCACUCGAACACUUUUCCGACAUUUGGUCUUGUUUACGGGACAUCUUCAACCUCCGCCGAACAUUUCCUGGAUUAUCCGCGAACUUCAGUGGCAUUUGUGAUUCUUCAUUAAGACGCCACAUUAGUUUGUAAUCGUGUGACGCAGACUUCCGCACCUGUAGCGGGGAGAGCAUCCCUGGACCACCGCCAUGCAGCGCAGGAAAGCUACUCGCAGGAAAGGCAUCAUGUUCGCCUCAUUUUUAGUGUGUUGUUUGGGAGCGUCGCUCAUGGCUGCGGCCAUGGCAACCAAUAACUGGUUCGAGGCAGCUUGUGUGAUGAUCGACGUCUCUCCGAACAAUGGGAACAUCAACUUCGGUCUUUUUCAAGGCAGCAGGACUUUUACUGGCGUUACUUCCAGAUAUCACACUCUCAAAGUGGUGUGCGCGGACGGCGACUGCAUGUACAGCUGCGCUGACACAAAGGAACACCGCGAAGAGCAGCUGUGGCUGGUUAAGAACGGCACUGUUAAGGGCCUUACGAAGCAUUGCCCCGAUGGCGUUAAUGUGCUGGCCCAUCCUUCUCCGAGGCUUUCCCCGCUCUCUGAGCUUUCCUUUGGAGAAAGCUCACACUCCUCCUGGUCGUUCUUGUUCCCGAAGUUCCUAGACACAGAUCUUAUGGGCCGAAGAUGGUACUUUCCCCUCAGUAUGGCGCUGAAAGGUGAAACGAAAGUCAGUAGCCAAGUUGUUGAGAGCAGUCGAAGUGAUCUUUCGAACGAGAAGAUGCUACAAGCUAGAGUAGCGGCAAUAACAAAUGAUGACGCGAGCGUCGCUAGAGAGAUUUUCAUUGAUGAGAAUACCACUGACUGGAAUUCCAUCGAGAGUACCGUUACAGAAAGUACCACUACAGAAAGUACCACUACAGAAAGUACCACUACAGAAAGUACCAGUACCACCCCUGCAGUUAAGGUGAACAGUGUGUUCAUGAACUAUGGUCUGUGGGUGGGGACCAUCGUGUGUCUGAGCCUGGGCAUGGUGUUUGCUGUGGUGGGGGCACUUUUCGCAGUCAUCAACACCGCCACUACCCCUGUAGAAGCCAUCACAGGCGUUCCAGGACUCUACCUAUGGAACGGCUUGGCAGCGCUGUUCAACCUGAUCUGCGUGAUCCUGUGGGCGGUGCAGUAUCACAAGUACCUCACCCACAAUGUCCUCCUCUACGACGCUGUAGACGGCUGGACUACUGAAAACAAUGAAGUUUUUGGCUACUCUUACUGGCUUGUGGUGGUGGCCAUCUUCGUCCAUGUAGUCAAUAUUGGCAUCAUUUUCAUGGGAACUUAUGAACCCAAGAUCAAAGAGCAGCUCCAGGCGCCCGACCCCAAAGGCGGAAACAUUAUGCUUUACUGAGUUGACAAGUUGAAGACCUAUCAGCUAGCGACGUCGCAGGACGAUGACGCCUCAGGCUGCUUACGUCCUCGACUGAAGUCAUCUUAAACUAGCAACUUCGUAUAUAUGCGUCGUAUGCUAGCGACUUGGCAAGCUGAAAUGUUGACCAUGCCAAAUGCUCAAGGUUCAUUUAAAUAACAUUUUAAAAAAUGGCGGGAGAUAACUAAUGUCACAUGAAGUAUGAAGUACAUCUGGACAUUCGAUUAACAUAUUACAUAGAAAAAUCGGAGUUUUUAUUUAUAUAUAUAUAUAUAUAUAUAUAAACUAUCCUAAUUUACUUUAUAUAAAGGGUAAUGGCCGGAGCAACAUCGGCGCGGUUUUGGAAUAGCCUACAAGACUGAAGAAAUGAUGCUGAAAUGAAAUAUGAAUACGUUAUGCUUUUAAUAUAACUAGAUAUAGAAAAUAACUAUAAACUUUUACAAAUAACGUUUUGAAAGGAAUGAGAUAUAAUGUUGACAGAUCAGAAUUUCACAGGGAAAGGGGAAGACUGAAGCUUAAUUACAUAAUGGAAUAGGCACAUGAAAAAAAUUGAAAAUUCUUAAAUAUUUUUAAGGGGAAAACUAAAUUCUCUGAAAAUAAUUUAGUUCAGGCAGGACAGCAGAUAUUUAGGAAGUUUCAGGCUACUCAAGUAAAGACUAGAAUUCAAUUCUUUAGACUUGGGCUGUUGCAGAACAAGGGAAAGUAACAUAUAUGAGAGUAAACAGAAUUAAGGUAGGCUAGUGUCUUCCUCUUCUCUCCAUCAACGACUUAAUGACCCGGCCCUGAUUAAAUUUUUCUGUUACUACAGUUAUAAUUACUAAAGCAACUGUCACUCUUAUAAACAGUUUCCGUGAUUGUAACCUAGUGUAGGUUUCCUUCUAGUUGUGUAGGAUACGUGAUACUGUAGACAACAUCUUUCUUAAGCACUGAACAUUAUUCAGAUUUUAAUAGAAAGUGUUGAGCUUCGAUUUAUUGUACGACCAGUAUAAUACGAAAGUCAAAUAGAAAAAGGGAAUAUGGAACAGAGAUUGGCUAAUAUAAUAAAGCAAAAAAAAUAGUGCAAAGGAAGGCUUUUUUGUGCAUGAAUAUUUAAAUUAUUGAAGUGUAAAUAUCUGGGUGUAGAUAUUGUCUACAGUAUCAUUACUUAACCCUCACCAGUUUCAGAGGUAUUCUACUUCAGCCAGUUAUUUAAAACUUGUAAAGUUGCUUCAGUAUCAUGAAAUUUGACAAAAGUUGAUAAAGACUCGCGGAAUCGUAUUAACAUUAUUACAAACAAACAAAUCUAUAGGCGGGUGCGGUUGAUAAAGUAACGAACGCAGCACAACAAUAUACUUUUUCAAAUAAUCCCUGUUACGGUACUAUAUAAUUAUCUUGAGGGGAUGGGAGUGUGAUUUAAGGAUUUUUGUCUUAUAUAAAUUCCUGUGGCCUAUCAAGAUCCUGUUGGCCAAAAACGAAUUUGUGGCCACACCCAGUGGUACAUAAAACUUCAGUACGUUUUUUCAGGAUUAAAACCCACAAAGUACCUCUGCAGGUGAUUUUUCCUGACAAAUACAACUUACCAAAAUUAACUGAUGAAACGAAACUUAGUGUGGGAGCAAUUGUGUCUAAUCUUUUAACGGCCGUCCACAGGAUGGUCAUGUGCAUCAAGACAUCAAGCUAAGUGCUUAACCUGAAAUUAAUGUCGCCCUACGAACUGAAUGUCCAUGGCUCUGGUUAACACCUUCACGAUUUACGCUGACAAAUCUGGACAGUUUUAAUAUGCUGAGCCUCAUCAUAAGCUAUCAUGGUCAAAUGCUUCACUAUUGUUAAUUUUCCACAGAGAAAGCUUUGCUUAUCUCAAACAUGUCUCUUAAAUAUUUGUUAAGAAAUUUUUAGUAAAUAUUAAGGAUAAUUAUGUGGAUAAAGGCGCCCUCUAAGAUGGCUUUAUUUUUAACUACAUAUAUGAUGUUCUACAACUGUCGUAAUUUCUUGAAAAGUGCAUCUCGUAGCUUUAAUAGAAAACCAAAUCAAAAGUGACCAUGGCGUCCAGCAGCAUUAUAUCAGCUGUCGCUGCUACUCCGCCCUUCCAUCUCCCCCUCCUGCCAUACCCACAAUAGCAGGUUAUCUCAGGAUUACGACCUAUGUCAGGUUGAGACCCUCUUCAGGGGAUUUAUCCCGACGAAUUUAAUAUGUAAUGAAUUGAAACAAUAUAAAAUGAUCUAGAGAAAACUGGAAGCGCCAACAAUUCUCUUAAGCCUACUUGCUGAUACUAGCUAUGUACAUAUUAGAACAAUGUAAAAAUAAAUCGGCAGUAGUUGCUUAUUUGGGAAGCAAACAUUAAGCAUCUUCAAAAUGUUUCUUCCAUUACGUCUCUCAGCAGCAAUUAUUUUGGCCCAGUUCUAUCAUUGCACUUGAGAAAUGGAUUAAUCCUUCCUUCCUGUGUUUGUGAGGUUUAUUUUAAGGCAUUAUAUAAUGUUAAGAUACAAAUAAAAAACUAUACAAA